AUGACAAGUCUUCUCUCUUCUUACCGCCGUGAAAAAGGAAAGGAAAAAAAAUCCAAGGGGACUGGAAAAAGUACUUCGGACACAUACACAAGUAGAUGGUUUGCCUACAAUGCUUUAAAGUUCUUAGACGAUAGAAACACACCAAGAAACAGAAAAAAUACGGAGUCCAUUCAACGCUCAGUCUCCAAAAACAACGCCACCGAAGCCACGCAACAUGAGUUCACCCCUCCAGCACCACCAAAUGAGCAUGGUCUACAGGAAGCGAAACGAUCCAGAAGAGACGAAAACAAUGUUCUUACCGAUGUAGUGGGGAUAUUGAAAACAACUGCACAGAAAUUGGACAGUUCAUCAAGCAUUCCUGACUUCACAAAAAGUUUUGUUUCGUUUAUAGGAGCUAAAUGA